CGCAGUUUGGUUGGCGUGUCAAUAUUUUUAGUUUGUCUGAUUUUCAAACUUUCUAAUAAUUCAUUUAAGAGCCUUGGACGAAAAUUCCUGAUUCUAAAUAUAAAAUAACGGUGGAAUUCGUCACAACUGCAUAAACCCACAGGUGAAACUGCGAUUAUAUUUAUUCAAGUCGGGCCUGCAGUGCGUUUCGCAACAUUAAUUACUUAAUUAAUUAAUUAAGUUUGUGCGUGGUUUUGAUCAAAUUUAAAAAAAAUUGGUGAUUGUUUAAGUUCCAAAACUUAAAAAAAAAUAAGUUCCAAAUUUGGUGACAAAACCGGAACCCGGAGCUGUCAAACCGGAGAAGGUUCCAGACUGUUCUGUGUCAUCGGCGAUUCAAAUUUCGCGACAAGUGAGUGAAUGAGAAUUUGUCAACAAUUAAAACCAAAAUGACCUCAAAUAAGGUGGAGUUGUACAUUUACGACCUCUCGAAAGGGAUGGCGGCCGCCCUAUCACCGAUGUUGAUAAAUAAAAAAAUCGACGGAAUUUGGCACACAUCGAUUGUGGUUUAUGGUCGCGAGUAUUUUUUCGGCUCACAUGGCGUAUCUAGUUGCAAUCCGGGCACGACUGCUCUGGGACAGCCCCUGCGUGUGAAAACCCUCGGCGAGACUCAGGUCCCUUACUCGGUAUUCAUCGACUAUAUAAACGGUCUCAGCGAAUCAACUUGGGCGGGCUCAACGUACGAUUUAUUCCACCACAACUGCAACAACUUUUCAGAAGAAAUCGCCCAGUUUUUAUGCGGCUGUAGCAUACCUAAAUACAUCCUAGACUUACCAAACGAAGUCCUUAGUUCGUCUCUGGGGCCGGCGAUACCACUUCUGGUGGCACAAUUGGAGAAAAGUGCGAGGCCUAUAGCCGAGGAGCAGGAAAGGGCGAGGGAGAAUAGCCCCGAUUUGGAGCAGUUGAAUUCGCAAAUUGAAGAAGUCAGGUACCGGUCGUUUUUGCUCGAGCAGAGACGCAAGACAAUCAAGGAGAAGCUCGCAAAGAAAGACCGGAAGAAGGAGAAAAAACGCAAGAAGUUGCAAAGUCAAGGUGGUGCAAUCCCGGUCGAAUUAGAAGAGGUCGCAAUGUCGGAGCCUGAAGUAAACGGAGCCGAAAGUCGGUUACCGACCGAGCAAGUCAUGGAUUUGGAAGAGGAAGAACGACGCGAAGAAGAAGAGAAGAAGAAAUCGCGGGAACCCCCAGUCGUCUACAAGGACUUACUUGACGCCAAAACCGAAUUUGAUGCUCUUUUGGGAUUGGUUGAUGGGAAGUUGUCAGAGGAGGAGCAGAGGUCGAUGGAGGAGUUGCAAGUUUACAUGAUUGGGGACGAGGGGAGUUGGGCCUUGAGUGACGGGUUUUUGGCGUUCAUUGGGCGUUUAUUACAUGAUAGAAAUCUGCCAAAUGAGGUUCGUGUCCGCACUUUGAAUAUUUUGGCUUUAGCAGCGUUGAAAGAUGAUGUGAUUUUGGUGUUGCAUCAGGACCGCAAAGACCACGUUUUGAUGAAUUAUGCCUUUGAUAUUGAUAGACACAGUCCUGAGGAACAGGAGGCUUUGGCUCUAUUUGUUGCCAACAUGUUCGAAAAUUUGAGCUCCUCCGAGUGGUUGAUGUACAUUUCGGAGUGGAGUUACAAUAACCAGCAAACUAGCAAUAUCAGGGUUACCACCAAAGUAGCAGUUCACUCGUUGUUGUCCGACUUGCCCCUCCUCCAGGAACGGGGGACGGCAAUCAUCCAUAAUUUGGCUUGCAAGGAGGUAAAAACAGUGGUGUUUGACGACGUCGCCGUGGAGUUGACGAUGGCCCUGUUGCAAUUCUUCAAUUCGAAGCCGAACGAGGAGCAUUUGUUCCGGUGCAUGAAGGCGUUGAGCAAAUUCGUGCAAAUUUCAGCACAGGAAGUCCCCCAAUUGAUACAAAUGAUCGGGCCUGAUCCGAGGUCGUUCAAGGGCACUAGCGAACGAAUCGACCAACUUAUCGAGCAAAUCGCCACGAAAUUGCGCUAAUUUUUUGUUAGAUAGUCAGUGUUGUUUAUUUUCUUUAACACUUAAUAUUUUUUACCGUUUUUAUUUAUUUGUAUUUAUGGAUUUGUUUAAUCGCAUUGUGGAAUUAUUAAGAAAUAAAAGGAU